UUCUCCCAGCGCACCGGUGCGGACCAUAAACGCGAAGCGACGAGCGUGCUGUGCUACUAUUUUCUUCCACUUUAGUUAGUCCAUCUCGGGAGGCUCUCACAGUAACAUGUCGUCCACUGUGGACUCAGACUUUGUUGGAAGUGUAUUUUUUGGAAGCAGUGAAAAGGAAGUUUUAGAAUUGGAUUUGCCACCAGGCGAUGAUGGGUGUGCUACAUGGAAGGAGAUUCUUGUGGAAGAUUUGUUAGAUGGAGUGGAGGAUGGUGGUCAAUUUGUAGAUUUUGUUCUAUUGGAAGACGGGGUGAUGUUGGAUUUGGUGCACAGCCAGGAUGAACACGAGAAGGUUCAAUGCACUCCUACAUUGGAAAUGAAUGAACUCGAUUCAUUCAUGAAAACAUUACAUAACAAAAAGGAUAAUAAGGAAACACCCAUUGUAUCAGCUGAUGUUGAUGGAAAGCAAUCCAAGGGCGACACCGGCAACAAUGUAUCAUCCAAGUGUGCCGCAUUUGAGUGCGGCGUUUGUUUGCUACGAUUUAAAAUCAAGGCACACUUGAUUAGACACACGCUUUUGAAGCAUCGCCAGAACGCAACCGCCAAUCAGGCUGAGAAGAUUUACAGCCGGUGUUUACGCUGCAACGAGCUUUAUUCAACUACCAUAGAGUUAGAAAGUCACCUCAAAGAGAAACAUAAAACUACAUCGCCCUGUGAUAUAUGUUUAAGAUUAUUUGAAAAUGAAAUAUCUCUUAAACGACAUCGAAUGUUCCACAUGGGAUCGAAUCCGUUCACCUGCGAUGUAUGCAGCAAACAGUGCAAGAACUCGAGCCAUUUGCACUUUCAUCGAAGAAGCCAUUUUACCGCGGACCUCGGAUACAAUUGCCCUCACUGCCAGAGACAGUUCUCCUCAUCGGGAAACCGCCAAAAGCACGUUGCUCGAAUUCACACUCAGGAUAAGCGCUACAAAUGCCCCAACUGUAACGAAUCUUUUAUCUACACACGCCAAUUAAAAAUUCACCUCAAGCAGUCUCAUCUCACCGUCGGGCGGGGCCUUCACGACUGCCCGGAUUGCAACAUCCCGUUUACCUCCAAACAGCAGCUCGCCGAGCACCGCACAUUGCAUCACAUCCAAAAAGAUCGACCGCACGCCUGUGACCAGUGCCAGUCGCGCUUCAAACAGCUUGGCCAUCUCAAUACUCACAAGCUCACCCACUCGGGUCUCAAACCGUUCGGAUGUGACCACUGUGAGAAGCGGUUCCGAACCGGAACGGACCUCAAGGUGCACCAUAGGGCCGUGCACAGUCGGGAGAAACCUUUUCGCUGCGAGCAAUGCGGCCAGUGUUUCAUCGUGGGCUAUCUGUUGAAUCAACAUCGCGUCAAGAUGCACUGCGAUGCCAAUCAAAAGUGUUAGUGUUUUCCGGGAUACGUAUAAAAUUGCGAUUAUAAACUAUGACAAUAAAAAUAUAAUCAAAUACAAUAAAUAUAAAUUUCAAAGCGAAGUUGUACUUUA